CAGCCCCUUUCUGCAAGAACAAAAUAAAACGUACUGCGUCGUUUGUUGAUAGAGACCUAAAUUCUUUGUCGUUCACCAUUUUAACUUUUUGCCAAGUUUACUCGCUCUGUGCGGUUUUCUCAAGCUGUCAAAUAAAGAAUUAUCUACCAUUAUGAAGUGGCAAUAUAAAGAAGAGCAUCCUUUUGAAAAACGAAGAGCCGAGGGGGAGAAGAUUCGUCGAAAAUAUCCUGAUCGUGUCCCUGUCAUUGUUGAAAAGGCUCCAAAAGCAAGGAUUGGUGAUCUGGAUAAGAAAAAAUAUCUGGUUCCGUCAGAUCUUACUGUUGGCCAGUUCUACUUCUUAAUUCGCAAACGAAUCCAUCUGCGACCUGAGGAUGCACUGUUUUUCUUUGUCAACAAUGUAAUUCCUCCUACUUGUGCUACAAUGGGAACUUUGUAUCAGGAACAUCACGAAGAAGACUAUUUUCUUUACAUAGCUUAUAGUGAUGAAAGUGUCUAUGGAAAUUAAUUAUUUUUCAGACAGGUGCUUUCCAUUGAAAUGUCAGUGACAUAUUUUCUUUUAGAGCACUUUGUACACUGUAUUCUGUUGCUCCCUUCUCCACAUCUUCUUGACUAAUAAUCAUACUCCAAUUAUUACAUUUUGUCGAUCAGAAUUUCAGUUUCACCAUGUUUGGGUGUUUGGUCUUUUUUCGUGUACAGUACAGUGUGUAUGUAUGAUACAUCUGUAAUACAGUUACUGGCGUUAGAUACACGGAAGUCAAAUUAGAA